UCUUUGACUUUUUCCGCUCGUUUCUCGCGUCUAAACUUAUUUUAAAACUUCUUACAACACAAUUUUAUCACGUGUGAAGUUAAUAAAAGAAUCCAGCUACAGCCCGAGAGUCACAUCUGUGUCCGCGGGAACAUGCUUCCUCCGCGCGGGGACGAGCAGCGGCCCGGGCCCCGUGUGCAGGAGCGUUCAGACGGAUCCCGGUACGAGGGAGAGUUUAGAAACGGACUGAAACACGGUACAGGAAGGUUCACCUGGAAGGACGGACAGUUUUAUGAGGGCUCCUUCUACAAAGAGGCCAGACAUGGACAUGGAGUUCUCUGCUCGCCGUCCGGAGACAAGUUCAUUGGCAAAUUCUACUUGAGCAGAGAAGAAGGGUACGGACAGCACCUGUUCUCCAGCGGCUCACACUUUCAGGGUUUGUAUCACGUCGGCUGUAGGUUGGGACCCGGGGUGCUGUCGUAUCCCGACGGUCGCCAAGACGUGGGUCUGUGGCUCGACGAGCGCCUGAUCCGACUCUGCAGCGCUGUGGGAGAAAGCUUCACUCUCAGAGACCUGCCCGGAUACGCUGCUUAUCUGGACUCUUCUGCCACUGCUGAGGGGAGUGUGACGUGGUCUCAGACAAACUUCAAAUACCCCGAGACGCAUGUUUUAGCUGUAGACGACUGUUUCAUUUUUCCCGCUGGUCUGGAGGAAUAUUCGACCGACUGGGACAACCUGCCUCUGCCGCCCAAACGCAGACACGAGCUGGAUAAGUGUUUCUACGGCGACGAGUGGGAGCCUGACCCCAAACCGUACCUGGGCUAUAAGAGAGACCCCCUGUCCGCUCUGCCCGUAGACACUCGGAUGCAGGCGAAUGUUUUCAAACACAGGCGUCAGGGGCAGAAGCAGAGCUGGGAUGUUGGAGCUGUCUUGUCUCUGAGCCGGAGAGGCUUUGGUCCUAAAGGUCCUCUGGAGGUCAGUUCGGAGCAGCUGAUCCUCCAUGCGUCUCGUGGAGAGAAGAGCGCCGUGUCUCAGAUCGUGUGGGCGGGGCAGGUUCAUCCUGACGUGGCCGACGCUCGCGGAAACACGGCGCUGAUCGCUGCCACGGUGAAUUGCUGUGACGAGGUGAUUGAGCGUUUGUUGGAUAAUGGAGUUGACAUCGACAAACUGAACGCAGAAAACAUGUCGGCUCUGGCUGUGUGUCACGUCCUGUUUUACCCUUUUCACUCCCUCUACACAACGGCGCUACAAGACAACCUCACUGACACAGACACACAAGCUGAGCUGGUGAAGUCUGAGGAGGAGGAGGCUGUGGAAAACACUCAGAAUAACAAGGACAGACAAGCAGAGUCCCGGCAGCGUUCAGCUGAGACACUGAGUCGCACAGACUUCACUCACAGCCUGGACGCUGAGGAGACGGUCCACAAGACGCCCGCCAUGAAAACUGAGCAUCGCGAGCGUCUGAAAACCCUGGAGCUGCUGCUGGAGCGCGGCGCCGACCCGAACGCCUGCAGGGUCCCGGUGCCCGUCCUGUUCGUGGCCGUGAUGGCGCGUGACGUGGAGGGCGUGAGGAGGCUGCUGCUGCACGGGGCUCGCACCGACGCACCGCUCCCUCCGCAGAGAAAGGGUUUGUAUCCGCUGCAUGUAGCCGCUGCGUUGCCGGGAUCAGCUGGGCCUAAAAUCACUGAGCUCCUGCUUCAGACCAUCACAGACCCGGACGCCAGAGCCUGUGACGAGGACCAGACGAACCACAGUGACCGGGAGAUCCGUGAUCCAGUCAGAUCCACAGUGGAAACAAAAGACAGAGAAGGAGGCUCGACUGCUCUGCACGUGGCCUGUCGGAGAAACACAGACUAUCAGAACGUGAGCAAAAUCGUGGCUCUUCUCUUGGCGCGUGGAGCUCGGACAGAUCUGCUGUGGAGCGGACACUCGCCGCUCUCUCUCGCCAUCGCAAGUGGAAAUGAAACGGUAACGCCGUGGAAGGAGCUGCUCAGAUGCGGCGCCGAUCCAAACGUCCCUUUAGGAGACGGAGUGGGCAGCGCUCUCUGCGUCCUCUCCGACGUCAACCACAGCUCACGAGGCAACAGGCAAAAACUGUUGGAUUUGUUGGUGAAGAACGGAGCCGACGUUUCGAUGCCGGUUUUGGUGGAUGGCGUUGAGGGAACCGCGCUGGAUUAUGCCCAUUUCUCCUUCAACCAGUUCCAGGAGGCACCGUAG